UAAGAUGUAACAUAAUAAACGGCUCUGAAAGAAAAAAAAGCUAUUGUUGUUGUUGGAACUAAAUUAAAAUAAUUGAUUUUAUAAUAAUACUGUUUAUAAAAAUUGUUUUAAAAACGAUAUUUUUUCACAUCCCUAAAAAUUUGACAUUUGUUAAUGAAUUGUCAUUAUCAUGUUUGUGUUUUUGUGUGAUGAAAUGAAUAAGGAAUCUUUACUUUGAUCUAAUGGAGUUCUGAUAAUUUUAUCCUUACAUCGUUAGUUUCUCAGGUUUCAGCUUAGUUGACCUUGUACCUUUGCCUUCUCUUCACAAAAUAUUGUAAAAAAUGGUGGGGUUAGAAGUUGACAUGAACCGGGAAGACGACUGUGACAAUAUCGGUCUUGGUUGUGCCUUAGAGCAUUUUUCUGAAGUGGACGAAGUUCUUACUAUGAUCGACAAUCUUAAAAAUAUUUAUAAUACUCCAUCAUUAGAAGUAGAGUAUGAUAAAUUAUACACUAUUCUGAAACAAUAUUAUGAACAGCCUCAUCUGCUUGAUCCUCAUUUGGAUAAGAUAUUGUCAAAAUUUUUGAGUCUUAUAAAGGAUAAAGAUUCUCCAUUUGAAUUAAAACAUGCUACAUUCAACUAUAUGUACCAAAUCAUCAGAGUAAGGGGAUAUAAAGUUGUGAUACGACACCUGCCCCAUGAAGUAAGUACAUAAGUAUAAUGUAAAUAAAAAAAGGUAUUGUAUACAGUAUGAAAAUAUUUACUAAUUUCAAAACUAAAGGUUUCAGAUCUUCUAACAGUUUUAUCAUUCCUGGAAGCACAAGAUCCUAAUGAUAAAGAAACAUGGCGUAGCCGUUUUGUCCUUUUGCUGUGGCUAUCAAUUGUAGUUAUCAUUCCAUUUCACAUGAGCAGGCUUGAUGGUUUUGCGCCUGGACAGCCAGAUCCAGGCUCUUCUAAGAAACUGACUGUAAUGGAAAGAAUUUUCAACAUAUGUAAAACAUAUGCCAUGAGUAAAGAUUCUUGUGCUGAAGCCAGUGCUUAUUUAGCUUCUAAGUUUUUAAUAAGGUCAGAUGUCAAAGACUUAUAUAUGGGCGCAUUCUUUGAUUGGGCCUGUGAGUUACAUUCCAAUCUACAAGAGGAAGAAAAAAUUCACUAUGGAGUUUUGGCAGCUGUUGCUGCUGUUUUGAAGCAUGGCAAGAGAGAUGAUUUGUUGCAAUUUGCUCCAAAAUUACUAGAAUGGGUCACAAACCAGAAUUAUAAACAGCAUAAAGCUAUGCUGGUGAGGAAAUAUGGAGUAAAGAUAGUGCAAAGAAUAGGAUUGACAUUUUUACGUCCGCGGGUGGCAUCAUGGCGUUACACGCGCGGGUCGCGUUCAUUAGCCGUCACUUUAGGGGGCGUGGUGGCCGCUGGCGACACUGAACCCCUAACUAUUCCCGUCGACGAUGACGAUCAAGAUAUUCCUCAAGAGGUUGAAGAUGUAGUGGAACUUCUCCUGUGUUCUCUCCGUGAUGACGACACAGUAGUAAGGUGGUCAGCUGCUAAGGGUAUCGGCCGGAUUGGUGCGAGAUUGCCGGCUCUGGCGGCCGCUGAUGUAUGCGAAUGUGUUCUGGGAUUGUUCACUGAUAACGAGAGGGAGACCGCCUGGCAUGGCGGGUGCAUGGCACUUGCGGAAUUAGGUGAGUCAAGUUUUAUUUCCGAGUCAAAUCAUUGUUGUUUAAAUAAAUUAAUAAACAGUCAAUGGGUUUUUUGCACAAGUUCAUAAUCUUUUGUAGUUGAUAAGGUGUUGGUAAGAUAGUUUUACACCUAUUGGUAAGAUAGUUUUUAAAAUUUUGCAAUCAAUUUUGACUUCAUUGUCGACAGAGUAAGGUUUAAAAUCGAUUGGAUAAAUUAUCCUUUUAACUGUAUUUGUUGUUGAUUUGAGCAACAUCAACUUUGAAAUU